UAAGAAAAAGGCCUAGCCUCGAAGCCCCCCGCAGUCGCCUUCCUAAUAAUUCAUAGCCUUCAUCCAAGAAAUCUCUCCACACAACCCAAAAACCUCAAUAAGGAGAGAGAAAGAGCGAGAGAAGGCAGAGAUUUUGAUGGCAGGUUUGCAGAGAUCUGAAGUAUCAUUCAGGAGACAAGGCUCCUCGGGAUUGGUAUGGGACGACAAAUUCCUGUCUGGAGAACUUAAUCAGCUCGCCAACCAACGGAAAGAAGAUAAGAACAACAGACCGCAAUACCAAAACAAAGACGACGCCGCCGCCGGAUUAACGAUCGAGAGGAACCGAUCCAACGGCGGACGCGGCUUCCGCACAGGAAGAAUCUCGCCAGCAGUCGAGCCUCCGUCUCCCAGGGUUUCGGCUUGUGGUUUAUGCGGUGCCUUCGGGAAAAACAACAAGACGCGCCGCCGGCCCCCGAAGUCCGGUAAGCGCGUGAUGUGAUUACUCUACGUAGAAGAACAGUUCUCUCCAGGCGACUGGAGGUGGAAUACUGUGCGGGAAGGUGUACGUGGGUAUUACAUGUUCAUCUCGAUCAAAUUGAGGUCCGAUAAUCAUUCGAGUCCUAUGAAGGAUCAACGGUCGUGCUUCUUUUUCCCCUUUUCGUGGAUAGUUUUGAACUUUGGUUUUAGGUUGUAGGACAUAGUUUCUCUGUGUUUUCCCUUUUUGGGUUUAAUGUUCCUUCAGUUUGUGCAACAUAUGGUUAUGGCUACAUGUUAAUGUUUCCCUUGUUAGCUUUACUGAAUAUUGUACAAAUCAAAAUUUCUCUUAUGUUAUGACAUUACCGUGUCGCUGUCGUUUUGUGUCUAUGCAAUAAACGUGUACAUCUACAAUUGCAUCA